UCAACAAAAAAAAAAAUUGUUUAUCAGUUUACUUACACCGUAGAAGUGUUAUUUUAGAUAAUAUUGACAAUUUCAAAGUAAAUAAACAUUAUUUCCGAUAUUGCAUCAAUCUAUGAGAUGUGUUUUUCGUAGAUAUAUAAUUUUAAAAAGGUGUAAACAUAUACGUAAACAUGGAAGACAUAAAGUGCAUUCUGCUAACCUCUAAGUGUAGAGAAGAGUGUUAUCAGGUAUGAUAAUAAAGAUAAUAUGAACAAAAUGAAUCUAAAAUGUUUAUUGCUCUUGCUUGGCUUCAUAUACCAAACGGUAGCCCAAAACGAUGAUUGUAAAAGAAAUAGUAGUCAAUGCGACUAUAAACCAAGCAUUCGCCAAUUGUCACAUACCUUAGCCAGUAAGUUUACAGAAAUUGUUAUAAAAGAGUUGGGCAGUGAGUAUACUUCACAUUUGGAAGUUCGAACGGCAUAUAAAAUGAACUGCUUCUCGGAGUCUGAUAGCAAUAUAUUAUCGAAUAUAGUGGAAAAAUUAGAAUACAAGCUUUCGUCAGCCAUGAAUAUUUUAUUAGAAAUGAAUGACGCUAUCACUAGCAAUAUUACACCGUCAUUUACUCACCCAUGCCCAUUCAACUCAAUAAGAAAAUCUGUAUUUGUAAAAACAAACUAUGUCUCCGAUGAUACUCAGUCAAAAAUGUUAGAUCGAUUUAAAGAUUUGAAAAUAAAGAGGCAAUAUUUCCUUUCACAUAUGGAUUAUGCUACAGACAAAGAUUGUACAAAUAUGCCACACUCAAAUUUGAGAUACUUAUACCAUAAGGUAGUUCAUGCAGAAUCAAAGCUUGUUGUAUUUAUUAUUGAUAAUAACAUGAAUGCUGAAUCACUCCAACAUGCUGUAAACAUUGCAAAAGAGACGGUGUAUGCUCUGCAGUCGAGCGAUCUAAUAUCUUUGAAAAUUACAAACAUGACAAGUUUUAUCAAAUUUGAAGACACAUGCAGCAGCGAUGGAGCAUCUAACAUUGGGAAUGCUACAGAUAAUAACAAACUACUGUUUCGUGAAUAUCUUUCAACAAUAGAUUUUUCUGCUACAAGUUUGUCCCCACAAGUUAUAGGGAGUGAGUUAAAAGCUCUAUUGAAUGAAUCCCACUUACCAGAAAACAAGUUAAUUAUUUUCCUAACUGAUACAAAAGUUGUACAGAAUGAUGUAUGGUUAAAAAUAUUUCCUCCGUCAACAAGUGAUAGAACAAAAUUUGUAAUUGGAUUACUCUAUGAGAAUCACACUGAUAGAAAUUUUUCAUUAGGAAUCUUACAUUUCGACAAGUGGCAUAAUCAUUCAAAUGAACAUUCUGUGAUGAAAAUGCACAUAAAUGAUAGUGGUGUGAUUGGUCAAGUGGCAUCUGCAUUCAUAUCUUUGCUACCAAAUGAUUAUGAGCAUUGUUUAAAAGUCGAAACACCAAUAUGGGAGGCAACAGAAAGGGAUUUUAUUGUGUCAAUGGUGCGUCCAACAGCAAAUGGUAUUCUUGGCCUAGACCUGUACUGGUCAGACCUAGCUGAAGAUGUUAUCUACUUUAAAGGUACAAAUAAGAACAGAAGAGCAUUUGUCAUGGAUUUUUCUGGUAAGGUUCUCAUGCAUACUUAUUUUCCGAGACCCGAGGCAGCUUCUGAUAAAAUCAAGUUCACUUCUUUGGAAAAUGUAGAAUCAUAUACCUUUAUUAACAAUGUGACAAAAGAAAUGCUUUUAAACAAAACUGGGAACUUGACUGUUAGUGAACAUAAUUCUACAACUAAAAUUAACUAUUCUUGGCAAUGGGUAAAAAAUUUGUAUAUUGUGUGUAUUGUAACUGAAGAAUCAGCUCCUAGUUUAUUUAAUAAGUCAAAUAUAUAUUUCACAAAAACAAAUAAAGAGAUUUUGUAUCACAGGAUAGAUUUGUUUCCACCAAAAAAUGGUAAGAUUUGUAGACAUUUUAAACAAAUUUCGACUAUAGAUCAGGGUACUGUUUACUUAAGUCCGUCUAGUUUUCAAUCGCCAUUCACAUAUCUAUAUGAUAUGAGUGACGGCCAGGAAGCUAUUACUUACAUGCAAAAUUACUUAGCUUAUCUCAAGAGUGUUGCACAUGGUUUAUUGUCAAAUCCGGGCUUGAAAAGUGAAAUACAACAUGAUGUUGGAUUCUUAAAUUCUAUUCUGUCUUUUUAUAAACGCCAACAUUUACAUGGUGGCCUGUCUAAAUAUAUUGUCAGAAGGUAUGCAGUUACGGAGAGUGGGGUGCUUGUUAUGUUUCCGGGAACUGUAUUAGAAUAUGAUUAUGAACCUGUUAGACGUCCUUGGUAUACACAUGCCGUAGAAACACCGGGAAAGAUAAUUUUAACCUCACCUAAUUUAGAUGUAGGUGGUGCGGGGUAUGUCGUAACUAUAUCAUACUCAGUUAGAAGCCCCAUUUAUCCCACAAUGGUAGUAGCUAUGGAUGUCACUAUGGGUUUUUUGUAUAAACUACUCAUUGAUAGUUCUCCCUUAUGUGCCAUGUCAAAUAUUAAAUGUUUUAUAAUGAAUAAUAAGGGUUAUUUGGUAUCACAUCCAGGUUUAAUGGAUCCAAACAGCUCUGGUCCUAUAGAACAGCAACAUAUAACCCAUAAGGAAUCAAUGAUAGCAAUUGAUAUGCUGAAUCAUAAAGGCUUUGUUACAAAGAGACUGUGCAAUAAUUUCUAUGACAAAACAAUACAGAGGUAUUAUGAAUUUAAUACAUCUUUGUCCUCUGUACUUUCCAAUGUUGUAUCGGGAGAUCAUUGUGUGCAUUAUUAUAUUGCAGCUAUUCCUGGCACUAAUGCUUUUGUUGGUCUUAUUAAUGCGUCAUGCAAUGUCGGCGCUUUUUGCCCUUGCAGCAUGGUAGAUAGACUCUGUUUGAACUGUAAUCGAAUGGAACAAACGGAAUGCGAGUGCCCAUGCGAAUGCAGCUCUGAAUCUUACGACUGUCCUAAUUCAAAUACCUCAAAUUUUAACCAAAAUAUUCCUCUAUGUGGAAUGAUUCCUGAAGGCAAUAACCAUAAGUCACAUUACUUCCAUAACGUCGCUGAGAAUCUUAAAUCGUGUUUCGACUUUCAGUGUGAAACUUACAUGUCGCAUUCCGCUUGUUUGGGGGUGAUGGGGUGUGAAUGGUGUCAAAUAGACGCCGAUGGCCGAUCUCCACUCAUUACCCCUUUUUGUACAUCACAGUCGACAUGUUUCAAUGGUGUAUUGGGUGCCGUAACACCAUACGGUGAGGGUACAUUCGGGCAUAUCAAUAGAGAUGCAUUUGCCAGCUACUCUGCGAUAGGUCCAAUAGCUGGCUUCAUCGUAACAGUGAGUCUUAUAAUUGCUGUAGCGAUAUACUGCUAUCGACAAAACAACUCUACAGCUAGUUGUCACAAUUUAUAUGUUGACGGCCCAGCUGAAACAUGGUACGAUGCUGACGUACAGAUGAGCCAUCUGCAGUCAGAUGAUAUGCCAGACCAAUCUGGUCAAGAUAAGUUGUUACCAGCUAUGGAAAUAGAGGCACCGAUAUCGCCGUAUCGCGUUAUAACGGGUUAUAGACGGCCGCAUGCAGCGGGAGGCUCUGACCACGGUUAUUCGACUAUGACUCCUCAUGAGGAUUCAGAAGCCACUGGGUUCUCAGUCAACGAUCCCACGAUCCUAUCAGACGAUACGAAAUCUGACGUCAGCUUCCCCGCCCCAGCGAAAGUUAAGCCUAGGCUUAUGGCGACGGAUUUGACAAUGACAGUGUUACCUUGUGGAAAAAAUAGUGUUAUCGCCCCUGUCACCGUCCACAGACACAUGGAGGCGUCCUAGAGAUUAUAAAUAUAAGUUUAACUACCUCUUGUGUAAAUAUAUGUUCAACUGCGGCAAGCUUAUUUACAUUGUGAUAUAGCAGUUUGCCAUAGACCUAUGUUGUGUAUUGUUGAUUAAUGGUUUCCUGCAAUAACAAUUGUUUUCCUUAUUCCUAAUAAUUUGUGGUGCUCUAUAAAAUGGAUUGUGUAAAUUGUUUUAUGUUUACGUGUUUAAAAUAAUUAAUUUACUACAACAUGACUUCCAAAGUAUGUAUUUAAUGGAUUAAUGGAUUGUAUUUAUUUUAAUAGCAGAUUAUUGACUAAUUCAGAACAAAUCAUGUUUAAUAUAAUUAUUAUAAUAUGGAUGUAAUAUUACAACACAAUCAUCUUCUACAUACUAUAUUUUAUUUUUAGCUCAUGUACAUACAUACAAACUAUAAUAUAAUAGAUGUGAUUUGCUUAGCGUAUAUAACAAAUAAGAACGUGCUUGGCUUUAUCCAUUAAAGGCAGCUAUGAACUAUCGAAAAAAAGAGAUUAUAAAUACUUAUAAGUAUAUAUUUUUAAAUCUUUUUAUUGACUGGUGUUUUCCUAUAAUCCGAGAUAAUGAACAAACAUUUUUUUAUAUUAUUUUUAAAGUGCUAUAUAUAGAUGUAGUUUUCGCUGUAAUUAAUGUGGUCGUACUUAAAAUCAUAUUACUUAUUACUUCAUUGUAUUACUCCUAAGUACUAUUAAGUAUUUAU